GCAAAAGCGCGAGGGAGGGGGAACGCGAAUGGAGGCCGUCGGUGUUGUAGAUCCGAAACAAUCGAGGGAGAAAAAUAGAAUAUGAAACGAAUGCUACAAUGACAUCAAGAUUCGGGAAAACCUACAGCCGAAAGGGAGGAGACGGGACCUCCAAAUUCGACGAGGUCUUGUCGAACAAAAGAGCCACUCUCAGCACCAAAUGGGGUGAGACAACUUACAAAGCCCAGCUGGGUUCCAAGAGACCUGGCCUGAAAACUGACCUUGCUGAUCGGACCAAAAGGCCCAAGCUCGCGGUAGACGACAACUCCGAAGACCCCUUCGGCUUCGACAGCGACGAGGAGUCCAAACCUGUCUCCUCCCGCAACGCCGCCCAGAUGAAGGUGUCCUCUGCCAAGCCGGCCUCCGCGCAAGCACCCAGAGCCAGCCUGACUCUGGAACCCAACAGCAGGGUCAGCCAGCCGGCUAGCGUGGAGGCUGUGGCCCCCAGCCGGGCUAUUUCCACCCUCGGCAGUAACACCCAUCGGGUGCCCGAGGACCCAGGGAGGUUUUUUGCCACCUCCACAGCAGGUAAAACUCACAGUUGGUCCAGUGAGAGUACAGACCGCCACAGCUAUUCUUGGUACAAAAACGCAUCAGAGAGUGACCGCAGGCCUCUGGCCCAGACCACCACUCUCAAGUCCGAGAAAUCGGAGGACAAGGACUCGUUUGAUGCCUGGGGCGCCGUGGUGGGGCUAUGCUCUCGCACCACGUCCCCUCUCCCUCCCCCCAGAGACCCCCCAUCCAGCACGUGGACCUCCAGCAGUGGGGGCAGCAGCAGCCGGAACAAGCCCCCCGCCGAGACCCGCCUUGAGGAGGUGGGCCAGGGGGACUCGGAAGUUCCCGCCGAGCCCUCGGAGUUGGAAGACCACUCGCAGUCCCUCCUCAGGGCGUCCAACUGCAGGACGUACUGCAGACCCUACAGGGGCAAGCAGGCGGGGCCGGCGGACGCCUCCGGGAGCGCGUUCGGCUCGGCCGGCCACCUGAAGGGCGGCGCCUGCGGUGAGGGGAAGGCGACUGGCCCGGGCAGGACCAGGGACCACACAGUUCUACACCCGUCCAGCGUCUCGGCGUGCAACGUCACCAUCCAGGACUCGUUGGACCGCGGAGCGGAUGACUACGCGCCCGGCGCGCCUCAGACGGACCCCGGAGAUGCCGGGAGGCUGAAGAAGAAAGGGGAGGACGAGGCCAAGCCUGUCAGGUCCAGGCCCACUCAAAGCAAAUCCAAGAGGGACAGCAAGCUGGAGCUGUUCGGCUUCGAGGACGGCGAGCCCCUCGCCGAGGAGGGAGACUCCGCCCCCCCGGGCCGUUCCAGCUACAAGAUCAAAUACUUUGGCUUCGACGACCUGAGUGAGAGCGACAGCGAGGGGGAGGAGGAGAGGGGCCCAGGGGGUGGGGCCGGGCGGCGGAGACCCAAGCGGGAAGGCGCGGCCGUGGCAGCCUCGGCUGAGGUCUCCGUGGAAGUCGGGGCGGACGGCCCUUGGCCGAGAGCAUCUCAGGAAAGCAGCACAGGUCAGAGACCCGGCCUCGGGCGAGGUCGGCCAGCGGCGACCGAGCUCAAAUCUCACACAGCGACAGAGGCGGACAAGAAGCCUCUCGUCAAACCUCAGGACAAAGCCAAGGAGGGAAGCAGGAAGAUCUUCAGCGGACCAAAACGCUCUCCCACCAAGGCCGUGUACAAUGCAAGACACUGGAACCAGCCUGAGCCUGAAGAGCUUCCCGCAGCCACUCCCUCCUUGUCCAAGUCCACCCCGGCUGGUUCGUCUGGGGGUGGAAAGGAGGCGGAGCCUCCCAAGGCGGACGAGGGCGUGUUCAAGACUCCGCCGGUCCCGCCCAAGGUCAUCAAAUCUGUGACCAUUCCCACGGAGCCUUACCAGGACGUCGUCACGGCGCUCAAGUGUCGUAAGGAACACAAAGAGCUGUACACGGUGGUCCAGCACGUGAAGCACUUCAACGACGUGGUGGAGUUCGGCGAGAACCAGGAGUUCACCGACGACUUCGAGUACCUGGCCACAGGACUGAAGAGCGGCCAGCCUCUAAAUACGCGCUGCCUUAGUGUUAUUAGCCUGGCCUCGCGCUGUGCUCUACCCAGUUUUAGGAUGCACCUAAGGGCCAGAGGGAAAGUGGCUCAGGUCUUUAAAACCCUCAAUGAUGCCCCCCAGCACCCUAAUCUGGCUCUGUGCACGGCCUCCCUCAUGUACAUUCUGAGCCGGGACCGGCUGAACAUGGACCUGGACCGGGCCAGCCUGGAGCUCAUGAUCCGCCUGCUGGAGCUGGAGCAGGACAAGGCGGCUGCCAGCCACCUGACGGCCAAAGAGAUGAGCAAGGUGAAGGAGAAGAUUCGCAAGCUCUGCGAGACGGUCCACAACAAGCAUCUGGACCUGGAGAACAUCACGACCGGCCAUCUCGCCAUGGAGACGCUGUUAUCGCUAACCUCGAAGAGGGCGGGAGACUGGUUCAAAGAGGAGCUCCGCUUACUGGGAGGCCUCGACCACAUCGUCGAUAAAGUGAAAGAGUGUGUGGAGAGUCUGGGUCGCGAGGACGACAAGGAGAACCUGGUGGCUUCCCUGUGGGGAGCUGAGCGCUGUCUGCGUGUUUUGGAGAGCGUGACAGUUCACAACCCUGAAAACCAGGCCUAUCUGAUUGCCUACAAAGACUCCCAGCUCAUCAUCUCUUCAGCAAAAGCUCUGCGCCACUGUAAGGAGAUGGUCCAGCGAUACAGCCGUGAGGUGAGCAGGGGCUCGUCUGGGACUCCAUCGACAUACAGCUCCACCAGCAGUGGAGGAGGAGGUGUGGGUAAAGCAGUGGAGGACUGCAUGCGAGCCGUCAUCGGUGUCCUGCUCAACCUCACGCACGACAAUGAAUGGGGCAGCACAAAGGCAGGAGAGCAGGAGGACCUGAUCAUCACUGCGCUGAACUGUGUGCUGACGGUACCCCAGUAUCUGCCCCAGGAGCAGCGCUUCGACAUCAGAGUCCUGGGUCUUGGUCUGCUGAUCAACCUGGUGGAGUACAGUGCAAGGAACCGACACUGUCUGGUGGAGAUGGAGAUGGAGGGUGGAGAGGUGUGGGACUCCAUCUGUGUCUCUGGCAAGGAGGAGCUCAACACAGAGGGCUCGCUCAGUGCCAUCGCUGCCCUGGUGAAGCUGUUCCUUCAGCGGGAGCACGCGGCCAUGUUGGCCGAGGCAGAGACUGAUGACUUCAUCAACGACGUGCCGAAGGCAACGCUGGACCAAAGCGGCGAGUGGCAGGAGACGUCGGGCGAGAUCCAGUGGGUGGCGACAGAGAGCACCCCCGCUGACGAUAAGACGACAAAGAAGGAGGAGGAAGAGGAAGAGCUGGACCUCAACAAAGCUCUCCAGCACGCAGGCAAGCACAUGGAGGACAGCAUCGUGGCCUCGUACACGGCACUGCUGCUCGGCUGUCUUUGCCAGGGAAGCCCUAUGAACGUGAGCACCGUGCGGGAGAACCUUCCGAAAGGAGAUUUCUCCAUCAUGACAGAAAUGCUGAAGAAGUUCCUCAAUUUCAUGAACCUUACUUGUGACGUGGGCACGGCGGGGCAGAAAUCCAUCUCCCGGGUCAUUGAUUAUCUGGAGCACUGUUAGCGUGCGAGCAUGUAUCUGCACGCACGCACAUACAUACAUACACGCGCCGUGCAGAGAACAUGUCCACACAAACAGCUGGCCAGCUAUAAGACCGGCGAGGCUGACCAUCGACAAGCCCGGCUGCAUGACUACCUUCGUCACCGCCGUCCUCUACCUUGAGCAACACUUCGCUCCGCUCUGCUGGACCCCGGGAGAAGCUCUUCAGCUCGACCUCUGAGGAGCUCGCUUGGCUUUCGUGUUUUUUGCUUCCUACCACCUUCCCAACAUGGUUCACAUAGGUGUUUAUUUCUUUUUUCUUUUAUUUAUAAUGUGUUUUUUUUUUAAACUUAAAAUAAGAAAUAGACAGCUGUACAUCAGGGAAUGGCUAUUAGUUUGCUCUUUCCACACUUUUGGGUAGGGGCGGGGGAACCCUGUUUUCUGAUGGUAUCCUGCAUCUGUACUGUUCUGCAAGUCUAGUUCACUUUCUGAAAGAUCUGUUUUCCUUCCAGCCUCAAUAGUGUUCACUCUCAUGGCUCAUGGACGAGGGGCGAAUAACUUGCGCUCACAUCACCGCUUCGGUGGAAGGCGCGAGCCUGUUCCAAUUCGCCGCUCCACGGGCCGAGUGGCCGGUGUGCGCGCGUCGGUCGCGCAGUAAUAAGCUAAAGUGCUCAGCUCCAAGUUUGCUUCCCUUUACCAACUUCCUUUUGUCGUCUUAUUGUCGGUCUUAUUUAUUCAGAUUCAGGGGCACGGCACGGUUUUACGACGCUUGUAUGUUUCCACAAAGCGCGAGGUUUCGUGUGCAGCAGAUAGUCCGACGUACGGCGGUGUCGAUAAGUCACAAGCUCCGGCUUUGUGGAUGCAAAAUGGCCUUCAAAGACGAGCUCCUCGCUGCUUGGCUUUUGAUGAACUGCUGGUUGGUUCGGUGCAGUGAAGCCCUCAGACAACCCACGACACCAAACCCUCAUCCGUCAUGUCCUCACGAAAAGCGCAUCGAGUUUGUUGAAAUAGUGACACGCGAGAUCAUCGUUUUUGGUUUGAAAUAUUUCCGGAAUUAGGAUCCGUUUUGCCUCCCCCAUUUUCUUGCUAUUUGCGACCUGGCUGCUCCAGAAGCUACGGUUUCGAGUGCGUGUGCGUGGGUGCGCGCGUGUGUGCAUGGCGUGUGAGUGUCUGCAUGUGGGUGUGUGCGCGUGUGGGUGUGCGUAUUCCGUCAUAUAUGUGUUAAAUGUGCUAAACAUCCCAAUGUUUUCAAGUUCAUGGUUCUUGAAAUAAAUGGAACUACAAACUGUACAUAUUUCUGUAAAUAUUGACUAAUGGAAAUCUAGAAUGAUAGACUACUUUUCAGAAUCCAAUCUUAUUUUUUAUUUUAUACAACAUUUUUCUCAGUUGUGUUGAGGUCAAAUUAAAGAUCCGUCAAAAAGCCAACUGCAGGAACCUGAACUUUGUACCAAUUUAAAAAAUAAUGUCUUUGGUUACUUGUACAUAAUUUUAACUCGAAUAAAAAUUGCUACUUUCAGUACA